AUGGCGGAAUCGAAGUCUCUCGACCAUGAGACGAGGGUAUCGCAAGAGGAAGAUGUCGAGCAGGGCGGGCAUGGUGUUCUGGAUCCCAGUGAUGCGAGCAGCCUCUCCAAGGGCGAUAUAUUGAGUAACGAGCAUACGGAUCCCGUGCUCAACGCUAAGAUGCAUCUCAUCAACAACGCUAUCGAUGAAAUCGGGUUCACCACAUACCAAUGGAAGCUCUUUGUCCUCAACGGUUUCGGCUACGCAGUCGACUCCCUCAUCCUCCUGAUCCAGUCCAUCAUCGCGCGCCAAGCCGCGCUCGAGUUCAACCCAGGCUACCCCAAUGGCCUUACCAUCGCAGCAUACGUGGGCAUGCUCGUGGGCGCGCUGUUCUGGGGCAUUGGCGCCGACGUGAUCGGGCGCAAGAUUGCGUUCAACGUGUCGCUGAUCAUCUGCUCCAUCUUCGCUAUUGUGGCAGGCGCGAGCCCGAGCUGGGAGGUGUUGGGUUUGUUUGUGUGCUUGAGUUCGUUUGGUGCGGGCGGGAAUCUCGUGCUUGAUACUGCUGUGUUUCUCGAGUAUCUGCCGGGAAAUCGCCAAUGGAUGCUCACGCUCAUGGCCGCCUGGUGGGGUAUCGGACAACUCAUCGCUGGGUUCUUCGCUUGGGGCUUCCUGCCAAACUACAGCUGUCAGGAUCCAGCCAACUUCCCGGAUGCGGCGCCGUGCACGCGAUCUAACAAUCAGGGCUGGCGGUACGUCUGGUACGCAUCCGGCGCGCUCGUCUUCGUCAUGAGCAUGGCCCGCGUCUUCGUGAUCCGGCUCAAGGAAACGCCCAAGUUUCUGAUCGGCGAGGGCAAAGAUGCAGAAGCCGUCGACGUGCUCCAAGGCAUCGCCACAAAAUACAACCGCCCGUGCAGCCUGACCAUGGAACGCCUGCAAGCCUGCGGCACACUCAGCACCCGCUCAACCCAGGGCAAGAGCAAGUGGAGCCCCGGCUCCAUCGGCGUGCACCUCAAGGGCCUGUACGCAACAAGACGCAUGGGCACAAGCACGACGCUCAUCUGGCUCUCGUGGACGCUAAUCGGGCUCGCAUACCCGCUGUACAACGUGUUCCUGCCGGCGUACCUGUCGUCGCGCGGCGCAGCAUUCGGGCAGACGUCGCCGUACCUGACGUGGCGCAACUACACGCUCGUCAACUUCAGCGGCAUCUGGGGCCCCGUGCUGGCGGGGUUCCUGUGCCACACGGCGCUGGGCCGCAAGUACACGAUGGUGCUUGGCGCGCUGGUCACCAUGGCGUUUUUCUUCGCGUACACGCAGGUCCGCACCGCGACGCAGAACGUCGUCUUCGCGUGCAUCAUCAACUUCUGCCUCAAUGUGUACUAUGGCACGCUUUACGCGUACACACCUGAGGUUCUGCCCAGCGCGCACCGCGGCACGGGGAACGGGAUCGCGAUUGGGUGGAAUCGCAUCAUGGGGAUUUUGAGCGCGGUCAUUGCUACCGUUGCGGAUACGAGCACGCCGGUCCCGAUUUACAUCUGCGCGGCGCUUUAUAUCUUCAUGGCUGUUAUUGCGGCGCUGUUCCCGUUUGAACCGUACGGCAAGAGGAGUUCGUAG